UCCGAUAGCGAAUUUUUAUCACGUUUAUUAAAAUAGCAGUUGUUGCGGAGUAUGUUGCUCUCGUAGCGAUUAAAAAAUUAAAAUAUUUUUAAACAGUGUACUCGCUGAUCAUGAAAGUAGUUUGACACUUGACCCCUGACAUUAAAAUGUCAAAUUUGUUUGGCAAUCAAAAUAUGGAGGGUGCAGGUGCUUACGGAGGUGGUAAGGCCGGCGGGGCUUUCGAUCCUCUGAGUUUUAUCCAGAGGCCGCAUGUAAUAUUGCGCGCAGCAUGUUGGCUUUUUUCCAUCAUAGUAUUUGGAUGUAUUUCAUCACAGGGGUGGCAACCAAAUAAGGAUAACAAAAUGGUCUGCCUGUAUAAUGAAGACACUAAUGCUUGCAAUUAUGGAGUGGGUAUAAGUGUGAUAGCUUUUCUGGCCAGUUUGGUGUUUUUUGUAGGCGAGUAUUUAUUUGAACAAAUGUCUUCAGUAAAGACAAGAAAGCAUUAUGUCUUGGCCGAUCUAGGGUUUUCAGGAUUUUGGUCGUUUCUCUAUUUCGUUGGUUUUUGUUAUUUGGCCAAUCAAUGGAGGAAAUCCGCCACCCCCGAAAAUGGCAUUGGAGUGAACAAUGUUCAAGCAGCAAUUGCAUUCUCAUUUUUUUCUAUUUUUACGUGGGGUGCCAGCGCUUUUCUGGCUUUUCAACGUUUCAGGCAAGGAUCUGACGCAGCCUUCGCAACCAACUACGAGGCGGAUAAUGUAAUGCCCACUUCUUACCCGUCAUAUCCAGGUGGGCCAGAAACGGACCAACAUUAUCAAGAACCUCCAUUCUCGACUGGACCCAAUUCAAGAGGGCCUGCGGAUUUCCAAGCACCAGCAUAUUAACAAAUAGGCAACUUUGUUAACAAGAUUGUGCUGCAAAAAAUUCCUGGUGUGUUCGACACACUCGCCAGGUCGUUUAUUUGUACUUAGAUUGUACAUGCAUUGUAUUUAGAGGAAAGUAUUAUUUACUUUUACUGGCAACUAUCCCUCGAAUGAUUAUCCCCUAAUUUAUUUCAUUCCUCAGUUGUGUGUUAUUUGUUUUAGUAAAUGUAUAGUUUGCAAGAUUUUUAUACUUUGCAUAAUAUAAAAUAAAGUUAAGAAGAUGAACCCAGAGUGUUGAAAUAUAUGUAUAGAUAGUAUUGUGCAAUGUACAGUUCUUUAAGUGUCAUAAAUGUGUAUAUUUCAAUCUGCUAAUAGAUUGCCAGAACAUUUAUCAUUGUCUCCGGUAUGUUACCACACUUUGUAGUGGCGAGAGAAGCUAACAAAGUUAUGUAGAUGUAGAUUCGAGUAAGAAAAUGAAUUUUUGUCCACACCUGUUGCUAAAGAUCAAUGUGCUCACUCGAACACAAAAUAUAAUAAGCAGCAAAAUAGAUCACUGGACUUGUUUUUUUAAACAUUGGUGGACACGUUUUAGUUCAAAACCUUAAAAGUGUAAUAAUUUGUGAUUUGUUUUUGUGAUUUAGUUAGGUUAGAAUGUUUCAAAAAAUAGGAAAAAGGAAUCUGUGUAUUUAAAGUAGAUUUAGAGUUAGUGCCUGUUGUAUUUGAAUAGGAGUAAAACAAAAAGAUCAAAA